GGUUCGUGUUCGACGCGCGCCGCUGCUACCUCUACUACUUCAAGAGCCCGCAGGACGCGCUGCCGCUCGGCCACCUGGACAUCGCGGACGCCUGCUUCAGCUACCAGGGCCCCGACGAGGCGGCCGAGCCCGGCGCCGAGCCGCCCGCGCACUUCCAGGUGCACAGCGCGGGCGCCGUCACCGUGCUCAAGGCUCCUAACCGUCAGCUCAUGACCUACUGGCUGCAGGAGCUCCAGCAGAAGCGGUGGGAGUACUGCAGCGGCCUGGACAUGGUGAAGGGGGACAGCAGGGCCUCCCCGACCCCCGGGGAUUUCUCUAAGGGUCUCGUAGCCAGAGAUAACCCAGAUGUCAUUUGCACACAUCCGGAUGCUUCUGCAGAGAAAGCCAGAAACGUCCUCGCUGUGGAAGCCACCCCUGGAGAGCUGGUAGGAGAAGCAGCAGCUCACCAGCCGGCCCCCGGGCACCCAAAUUCCAUUAAUUUCUCUUUCAAACAGUGGGGCACUGAGCUCAAAAACUCCAUGUCGUCUCUCCGUCCUGGCAGAGGACAUGGCGACAGUCGGAAGAGUGUGUUUUAUACCAACGAAGAGUGGGAGCUCUUAGACCCGAACCCCAAGGAGCUAGAGGAGUCCAUGGCACAGGAAGAGAGGAAGAAGCCGGCCCCAGAAGGAAACAAAGGAGUCGCUGGCUCAGGAUUUCCCUUUGAUUUUGGACGUAUUCCCUACAAAGGAAAGCGCCCUCUGAAAGACAUGAUCGGAUCAUACAGGAACCGGCACGUCAGCGGCGAGCCGUCGGCAGACGGGGCGCAGGGCGCGGCUGGGGUCAGGCCACCGGCCGGGGUGCAACUGCAGGUCCAGAGGCAGCAGGAGGAGCUGGAGCGGCUGCAGAAGGACCUGUCCAGCCAGAAGGAGCUUGUACGGCUGCUGCAGCAGACGGUCCGGUCCUCCCAGUACGACAAGUACUUUGCCAGUAGCCGGCUCUCUGAGGGGGUCCCGAAGGACGUGCUUGAGCUUCUGCACCGCAAGGACGACCAGAUCCUGGGCCUCAGUAGCCAGCUGGAGCGGCUCUCCCUGGAGAGGGAGAGUCUGCAGCAGGAGGCCCGCACGCUCAAGGGCAAGGUGGGCGAGCUCAGCGAGCAGCUGGGCAUGCUGCUGGAGACCAUCCAGGCCAAGGACGAGGUCAUCAUGAAGCUCUCGCGGCGGCUCAGUGAAGGUGCGGACGGCCCGGCCCCCGCCGCGGGGGCGCCCGGCUCCCCGGCCCCUGCCAGCAGGGAGCAGCUGGAGCUGGACAGGCUGAAGGAUAACCUACAGGGGUACAAAACCCAGAACAAGUUCCUCAACAAGGAAAUCCUGGAGCUCUCGGCGCUGCGGAGAAAUGCGGAGAGGAGGGAGCGGGAUCUGAUGGCCAAGUAUUCCAGCCUGGAAGCCAAGCUGUGUCAGAUGGAGAGCAAGUACCUGAUCCUGCUGCAGGAGGUCAAGACGCCCGUGUGCUCCGAGGAACCGGGCCCAGCACGUGGCGUCAUCGCGCAGCUGCUGGAGGACGCCCUGCAGGCCGACGGCCCGGAGCAGCCGGGGCAGGCGCUGGUGAAGCCUCGUCUCGUCAGUGAGUACGACAUCUACGGGUUUAGGACCGUCCCAGAGGACGACGAGGAGGAGAAGCUGGUGGCCAAGGUCCGAGCGCUGGACCUGAAGACCUUGCAUCUCACGGAGAACCAGGAGGUGUCCACCGGGGUCAAGUGGGAGAACUACUUUGCGAGCACGAUGAACAGGGAGAUGGCGUGCUCCCCGGAGCUGAAGAACCUGAUCCGGGCCGGCAUCCCACACGAGCACCGUUCCAAGGUGUGGAAGUGGUGUGUGGACCUGCACGCCAGGAAGUUCAAGGACAGCACCGAGCCCGGGUACUUCCAGACGCUGCUGCAGAAGGCGCUGGAGAAACAGAACCCAGCCUCCAAGCAGAUCGAGCUGGACCUGCUGCGGACCCUGCCCAACAACAGGCACUACUCCGGCCCCACGUCGGAGGGUGUCCAGAAGCUGCGCAACGUGCUGCUCGCCUUCUCCUGGCGGAACCCUGAUAUUGGCUACUGCCAGGGUCUGAACAGGUUGGUGGCAGUGGCCCUUCUGUAUCUGGAGCAGGAAGACGCUUUCUGGUGUCUCGUCACCAUAGUGGAGGUGUUCAUGCCGCGAGACUAUUACACGAAGACUCUGCUGGGGUCCCAGGUGGACCAGCGCGUGUUCCGGGACCUCAUGAGCGAGAAGCUGCCGCGGGUGCACGCGCACCUAGAGCAGCACGGUGUCGACUACACCCUCAUCACGUUCAACUGGUUCCUGGUGGUGUUCGUGGACAGCGUCGUCAGUGAUGUCCUCUUCAAGAUCUGGGACUCUUUCCUUUACGAGGGCCCGAAGGUCAUUUUCCGGUUUGCGCUGGCACUUUUCAAGUACAAGGAGGAGGAGAUCCUGAAGCUGCAGGACCCAAUGUCCAUGUUCAAAUACCUGCGCUACUUCACGCGCACCAUCCUGGACGCCCGGAAACUGAUCAGUAUCUCCUUCGGGGACCUGAACCCGUUCCCCCUGCGCCAGAUCCGGAACCGGCGCUCCUACCACUUGGAGAAGGUGCGGCUCGAGCUCACGGAGCUGGAGGCCAUCCGAGAGGACUUCCUGCGUGAGCGGGACGCCAGCCCCGACAAGGGCGAGCUGGUCAGUGACGAGGAGGAGGACACCUGAGCGCCCCCCACCCCAGGACGCUGCUCUUGCCUUCACAACCAAAGUGUGCCAGAGGGUCCCGGCGGGGGUCUCUGCUCUCGGGAAGCCGGAAGGCGGUGCCCGUGGCUUCUGGAAGUCUGCUGGGUGGACGUCCGCGGCCACGCUGCCCUUUCUUACUCGCGGGCGGGUCUAUU